UGGGAAGCUACCGAAACUUCUGCUCCGAAAUAGCUGCAUGUGGUGUCGGAAAUUGACAGAAAGCUGUGCUUGUUGCGUUUCGUGUAUUUUUUCUCGCUUUGCUUCAGGUCGUAAAAUGUUGAAUCACUGAUUAGAGGAAAUGUGGAAAAUAAUUCGGAGUGAAAAAUACAUGAAAAUGAAGAGAAAUCCUUAAAGUUAUUUUCCUGAGGUUACGACCCGUAAGUGUUCGUGGUGGGGAAGUUUACUUUAAGAAAGCUGAAGUAGUUCGAUAUUGAAUUUAAUGCUGCCAGUUGUUUAAUUCAAGCACUGUGUGAUUCAUCAUUGUUGUGCAUUUAAGAUACUUACCUGGGUGAUAAUUGAAGAAAGAAAGAAAACAAUGUUUGUGUUAAGUAAUUUUAGAAGACAAUUACGAACAUUUUAUGUGUUUUUGUUGACAUUUAUUUCCUGUUUUUGUUUUGUAAAUGCGAAUGACUAUUAUCAUGAGGUGCUUGACAGACACAAUCAUUAUCAUUUGUAUUGGAGAGUGGACAAAUUAAACGAAAAAAUAAUUUUUCGAGUGGAAGUUUUAACGCGUGGUUAUGUCGCAUUAGGUUUUUCUCCAAACGGAGGCAUGCCUGGAAGUGAUAUUGUCAUAGGAUGGGUGCAGAAUGGAAAAGUGUUCUUACAAGAUCGUUAUGCUCACAAAAAUGGACUCCCUUUGCUGGAUGACCAAGCAGAUUGGGAACUUCUCAGUGGUUUCGAGAACAACACCCACACAGUAUUAGAAGUCAGCAGAAAAUUCGACACUUGCGACCCUCAAGAUUUUCCAGUCACGAAUGAUACGACUCGAGUAAUUUACGCUUAUCACGACGAGGAUCCAGUUUCAGAUGAGUUGAUAACUUACCAUGGAAGAGAAAAACGAGGCUCUAAAAGUCUGAUCUUGCUGCAGCCUUUGACUUCAAGGCAUGAACUUCCAAAUGAUGUCAAAAUAUGGUACAUCAGAUCACCAAACGUAACCAUCCCAGAUGACGUAGACACGACAUACUGGUGCAAAAUUGUGAAGGCGCCUCUUUUGAAUAAAAAGCAUCACGUGAUACAAGUGGAGCCACUGAUCUCAGAAGAAAGUGCUAGUUAUGUUCACCAUAUGGUACUAUACAGAUGUUUGGGAGCCACUGCUAGAGAGUUAGAACCACAUGUUCAUCACACUGGACAUCCCUGCUACGUGCCAGAUAUGCCACAUACGUAUACGAAAUGUGAAAGCGUAUACACGGCAUGGGGUGUGGGAGGUUUGGCCUUGGUAAUGCCAGAGAGAGCAGGGCUGCCACUAGGAGAUAAGCCAAAUCUGUAUUUUUUGCUAGAAAUUCACUAUGACAACAGUGAAUUCCAUUCAGGUGUUGUGGAUCAAUCUGGAUUUCGAGUCUAUUUUACUCCAAAUUUACGGCGCUAUGACGCUAUGACACUAAUGAUUGGAGCUUCGGUCGAUCCAUGCAUAGUUAUACCACCUAGAAGAAGAAAAUUCACUAUAGCAGGGCAUGCUGAUCCCAACUGCUUAGGACCGGCUAUACCUCCUGAGGGAAUAAGAAUUUUUGCAGUAUUUUUACACUCACAUUUACUCGGAAGACAAAUGAAACUUCGACAUUUUCGCAACAGUGUUGAACUUCCCCAUAUUGCUUCCGAUCAAAGAUUCGAUUUUAAUUAUCAGGAAUACAGAUACUUACCCCAAGAAGUAAUUGUGAAAUCCGGGGAUCAUCUCAUUGUUGAAUGCACUUAUGAUUCAUCUGGAAGAAAUGUGACCACCUUUGGUGGUCUUGGUACGAGUCAAGAAAUGUGCUUGGCUUUUGUUUUAUACUAUCCCCGCAUAGCAAGAGCGCGCUCUUUGAGUAGUGCUACAUGUGAUUUAGUAAAAAGUUUAGCAGGAAUGGAGUUAAAAUACUCUCACGCUGAUGAUGACAAUUCCAACUUGACUUUCUAUCAACAUUUUCAAAAAAACAAUCCUUGGGAUUCCAACUAUGCUUGUAUAGCAGAAGCGGCUAUGAGAUUUGGAUAUCAUACCACACAAUGUUUCCUCGGCGAUGGAAGGAGACUCGACGUUCCUGGACUCGUAACUUAUCCCAGAAACAUUCGAGCGUAUAAUGAACCUUCUAGAUGUUCUUAUGUUGUAUCAUCGCAAGAGCUUUGGAAAGACAGUUUUUCAGAUUCCGCAGGAAGUUCGCUAAAAUCUACGUGGAUUUUUACAGCAUUUGCGGUUUUUUUAUUCACUAGUUCCUUUAAAAGAAGCUAUGAUCAUCUUUUGAGUUUCUUUCACCAUUUCAUCUGUUAAUUUUUCAUUCGUAUUGCUUUGGGAAGACUUUUUUCAGUGUGAAUUGUAAAUUUUUUGUGUUUUUAAUGUUAUUUUCGAAUUUUCUUGUAAUGUUUUGUGUGUUAAAAAUGCUCGCAUGCGUCGUUAAAUUUUGUUUCACGCGCUGUGAUAACUUCAUUUCCUAUCAUCGAGGCUUCCGAAUUGCUUGUAACACUUGUUGCGUGAAUUUCGAUCCUGAAAUAAAUGUUUAGAUUUUUUGUAGUGAGUUGUAUUCAAAAUGUUAUUUUACAGUUAAUAUCUAAAAAGUUUUUUUGUUUUGAGAAAUUGAUACAAAAAGAAAGUGAAUAACCAACACAUUUUUUUAUUCUUCUGCGUAUAUCUUCUCAUUUCAUG